AUGGCAUUCCAGGGACAGCAUCCCCCUGCGCAAGGAGGCUUUUACCCUCCUCCCCCGGGACCUGGAGGAUAUCAACAACAGCUGCCUCCUCCCCAGCAGCAGCAGCCGCAGCCGCAGCAACAAGUGCCGUAUAGCUACCCUCCUCCGCCUCAAGGCGGCGGCGCCCAUUUCCCCCCACCCCCUAACGCUGGAUCCCCUCCUCCGGUAGCCCACACUCCACCGGUUCAAUCUCCUCCUCCUCCCGUCAAGGUCGAGAAUGUGCCUGGAGCCCCACCCCCGGGGCAGUUCGUUGGAGCUCAAGCUACCACUGCAGACGACGUUGGUACAUUCAAUGGCGGGAGCUACCGCAUCAGUCACCGCGACACGAAUUCGGUUCUCACUAUCCAGUUAGCAAUGGGAUGCCCAUUGACAGCAAAACCAGGUGCCAUGAUUGCCAUGUCCCCUACUGUGUCUCUGAAAGGCUCCAUCAAAUUCUCCAUGAAAAAAAUGCUUGCUGGCGGGGAAAUGUCCUCGUCAACGUUCACUGGACCUGGUGAACUACUCCUAGCACCCUCAAUGCUAGGUGAUAUCUCUAUCCUGAGGCUUAACGGACAAGAACAAUGGUCGGUCGGUAAAGACGCAUUCCUUGCAUGCACUCAAGGAGUAGUCAAGGACUAUAAAAAUCAGGGCCUCAGCAAAGCGUUCUUCUCCGGAGAGGGCCUGUUUGUCUAUAAGAUAAGCGGAACGGGGAUACUCUUUGUCCAGAGUUUCGGUGCGAUCAUAAGAAAAGAUCUGGUCGAUGGCGAAAAGUACAUUGUUGACAACGGCCAUCUUGUAUCGUGGAACUGCAAGUAUGUUAUGGAACGCGUCGCUUCUGGUGGGGUAUUGUCCAAUCUCAGCUCUGGGGAAGGUCUCGUUUGCAAAUUCACGGGCCCUGGAACGAUCUACUUGCAAACGAGAAAUCCCUCUGCUUUUGCUUCUUGGAUGGUUGCGAACGGUGCUGCUGGUGGUGGCGGUGCCUGA